AUUGAUUUGCAAUCUUCGAACAAAGGAGACGAGGAGUUAGGGAAAUUAGUGAUAAGUAUUUGUCAUGCCUGUAAGACACUAAUGUGGAUGAUUAAUUCCCUAACCAUUAAAAAAAAGUACGUGGACGUGGUUUAGCCAUAGUGGUAACUUACGUUUAUGUUCACAUUAUGGCCAAAACAGAUUUUAUGUUUCAUCACUUAGGUACAGGUUAGGAAGGUUCCGUUUUUGGAGUCAUUUUCAGCAUUACCUGUCUAGAAUAAAGCUAUUUUUAAUCUUACAAGUUUAUUACUGUACUAAGAGAGUCCACCGCAACUAUGGCGAAAAACUUCCUUAAAAGUAGUUUGCAAAAUGCUUCGUUCAACAUUAUUUUUCAGAUAAUGUUCCGAUGUUUAACAUUCCUGAUGAACGCAUUUGUGCUGCGUCACGUGGAGCAAGCUGUGAUUGGAGUGAUGAAUGUGAGACUUUUGCUGCUUGAGUCAACCAUCUUGUUUCUCAGUAGAGAAGCCUUCCGACGAGCCUGUCUGACCAACACCACUUCCCACAACUGGGCUCAAGUUAUUAACCUGCUUUGGUUAAUGGUCCCACUAUGCAGCGUCAUGUGCGUGUUGUUUGGCUGGGUGUGGCUCAACGUACUAGAACUACCCGACCCUAAGAUCACCCGCCACUACACCAUAGGAGUGUACGCAAUCGCCAUCAGCUGUGUCAUCGAGAUGUGUGUCGAGCCGUUGUAUCUUGUAUCUCAAGCCUUCCUCUUUGUUAGGUUUAGGGUGCUGAUGGACACAGUAAAUGUUAUUGUUCGCACAACCGUUUUUACUGUUCUGGUCCUAUGGUGGCCGGAGGGAGCCGUAGUUGCGUUUUCCGCUGCACAGAUAGCAGCAGUGGUGGUAUACACAACCUGCUACUAUCUUUACUUUGCCAGGUAUCUUGAGGAGAGAAGAUCCAGACCACAGGCGGCCAUUGGUUCCCCUCGUCACUUGCAGCGACCUACAUCAUCAGAGGACGAUUUUCCAUUCACACACAUGAGCGAGUUCCUUCCUCGCAGACUUGAAAACCAGCCAGCAGUGGACUGGAAACUGUGUGUCCUGACAUGGAGUUUUUUCAAACAAGGGAUUCUAAAGCAGAUUUUGACGGAGGGGGAACGAUACGUGAUGACAUUGUUCUCCGUUUUGACAUUCUACGAGCAAGGAGUGUUUGAUGUUGUCAACAACCUUGGAUCUCUGGCAGCAAGGUUUUUAUUCCGUCCGAUUGAGGAAAGUGCCUACUUUUACUUCUCGCAACUGGUGAACAGGGAUAAGCCUAUUGAUGAUCAAAACCCUUACCAGAUGAAGGAGGCAUCACAGGUGUUGCAGAGGUUGCUACGUACAGUUGUUAGUCUUGGGCUGGUAGCUCUGUGCUUCGGUCAAGCAUAUGCCAGGUUGGUACUACUGCUGUACGGAGGUACAUCACUUGCGGCUGGGUUGGCCCCACUGCUACUCAAGGUACACAGUCUCGCCAUACUUCUGCUAGCUAUCAACGGCACUACAGAAUGUUACGCACUUGCCACAAUGGACACGGCUCAUUUAGACAGGUACAAUAGAGUGAUGGCCGGUUUGUCUGUAGGCUUCAUGUUGGUAUCUUGGGUGUUUACUAGACUGUGUGGAAGUGUUGGUUUCAUACUGGCCAACUGUUGCAACAUGCUGGCUCGCAUAAUACACAGUGUGCUGUUUAUACGCCGGCGCUAUCAAGGCACAGUGUUCACACCACUGGACGGCCUCGUACCUGGACGUAAGUUCCUGAUAAGUGCACUGUCUUCAGCUCUCAUUACUAUGGCUUCUGAGGUAUAUUUCUAUGAGACGUCCAAACUGGCUCAUUUCCUGGUGGGUGCAACGUGUCUUGCAGUUACUUGUCUCACUUGGCUUUUUGAAGAGCGUGAUCUCGUGACCUUCGGGGUCGACCGGUGGCGCAGACAGUCACUCAAAGUGGAUUGAUCACACAACAUUUAAUCAAAGUUUUAUUUACAAAAGUGUAAUAUGCUGUAUAUAGUGUACAGAAAGUUCAAGCUGUGACAUUGUUCUUGAAAAUGGCGGCUGUGAGAGUUGAGCUUUGCUGGAUCAAACAUUUCCUGAAACAAACCGGUUAUAGGUUAAAAGUAUUAAAUUUUUUCCCAUACUGCAGCCAAAAAGGCUGUUUUUAAUCCUUUAGGUUGCAGGGCUAAAUUAGCUCUUUUUGUUCCUGGGCUGGAGUCAAGGAUAUUUAUUAGAUGUUCAUUUUUCCUUUUAUAACUUGGUCCGCUGAUUUUGAUUAAUAGUUCUGUUUUACAAAUAAUCAUAUCGUUAUUUGAGUUUAUGUUGUGUUUAUCAUCGUGUUACCUUGUAUAUUUUAAAACAAUAACUAACAAUCUCCCUUUAUCCAGUUAUACUGUAAAAUUCAGAUUUUUAGCUCAACUAGUUUUAUUGAAAUUUAAAGUUGUAUACCUUUCUGAGACACUUUUCUAUAGCUGGAUUAAGUUAUUUUAAUGUCCUUAAACAAAUUUUGACAUAUAAAUAUCAAUCUUUAAGUUUAAAAUUUAAUAUAACAAUAUUUUAACCCAGUGAGCUUAAUUUAGUAUUUUGAAUACAAGAGAGCUUAAGUUUUUAUGCUCGGUGAAGUUCCGGUAGCUGAAUGAUACAGAUUACCAAGCCAGUGAUAAACUACAAUCCGUGGUAAAAAACUUGUGCCCACAUCCUUCUAGAAGUAACGUAGCCUUUUAUAGCAACUCAUACACAAGAUUAGAUCAUAUCUUCACAUUUGUUGUCCCAAACUUUCUUCUUGUAAUCUCAUCUGAUCCCAGCCAGCUUAAGAAUCUGUAACCUAGCUAAUUUAAUGAUUUAGUCCAACCUGAAUCAAUUCCUGAGCAAAAAUGCUUUCUUGAAUGGUUGAGUUUAUGGCAUGCAGGCAGUUGAAUAUGUGCACCAACCAUACUCCUUUUGCUCUCUCAAUCUCUUUUCCUCUCGCUUCCUUUUCUCACAAGUGUUAUCCCUCCCGACAGCAUGCACGGUUUUAGUUUUUUACUCAAUGAUCUUUACUGAGUAGGCUCAUAAACAGUAUCUUUACAAAGUCUAACAACUGUUUUAAUCGAUUAAAAUGGUAAAUUGCUGCUAACAUUUUGCCUAAUCCCCCAGCACUAAAGAAGGUAAUAUAAUUUGCCAUAAAAUACAUAGUUUACUGGAUUAUAGGCUGUCUGUAUAUCAACACCAGAUAAUAAUUUUCUUUAAAAAUAACAACUUUUAACAAAACAAUUAUUAUUUUAAAAUGAUUGUUCAACAUAAUUUUACCUACCUUAGUCUUUCAAUUAUAGGUGUACAUUAUACUUUUCUGGACUGUUUAAGUUUAAUUUAGAUUUUUAUAGUUUAAAGAUAUGAAAACACAUUUUUUUAGCGAAUUUCCCAUAUAGGGAAAUUACCUUAGGUCUCAUGGUAAGACCCGAACCGAUUUACUUUUUUGUUUUUGACGUCCCCAGUGGCCAAAAACACCAUCCGUUCAGAUUCAUAUACCUAUAUAUAUAUAUAUAUAUUCGUGUCUGUUAGUGCGAUAACUCGAGCAAAAAUGAUUCGAUUAUGAUGAAAUUCGGUACAAACUUACAUUUAUUCGAACGAGGUCGCGAAUCAGCAUGAUCGAACUAUAGGAAUAGGGGUUUAUGGGAGGUUUUAUGGGGUAGAAACAGUUUUUCCAUGUUUAACUCUAUAAAAUAAAUAAAUAAAUACUUUAUUGUCUUGACAAUAUAAAUUGUAUCGACAGUACAAUUUCUUUCUAAACCAUUUUGUAGAGCUUAAAAAAGAAAUAAUUUAGUAUAUUGAAGCGUUGUUGUAUGCCUAACAGUUACAGAGAAAAUUUAAAAAAUGUUUAAAUUAAAAAUUCUCUAUGUUAUUCUUAUGGAGAAUAAAUAAACGUUUGUAGGUUGCUUGUUUAUGGAUAAACUUUAAUACAAUUUGGCGAAAUAGUAUAUUUCAUAAUUAGCUACCAAUGUUCUUAGUAAAAAAAAACACACCUUAUUACCUUCCCUAAGUACUCAUUAAAAUGAAUGUUAUUUUAAUAGGCAAUUAAUCUGAAAAUUUUAGGGGAAUAUUUUAGUUGGAAUCUAUCCUGGUAAAUGAAAAUUCAGCAGGUUCGCUGUGGUGGGGGUAUUUCUUUUAUUUGGUUGAAAUAUCAAUUAUAUUAAGCAUUAAUGAAAAAUCCACCAUUUAAUUUGUGAAAAUAAAAAGUAACUUAACAUAAACAUUGAGCUUAUAAUCAUCAAACAAAUCAACAAAUCUCUGAAAUCUUCCAUUAAAAACUUAAUCAGCCUCAAAACUAACCCUAAUAGUUUUACAUUUUUACAAUAUUAAGGUAAAAUACUGCCUCCUAGAUGUCUAGAUUUUAAAGUUUACAUGUUUCUGCAUUUUUGUGAUUGUAAUAUCAGGGAUGUUUACGUGUGUAUUUUGUUUUUAUGCCUAGUGUUGUGAGUGUUAAUUCAUUUUGUAAAAGUGCAAUGACCAAAGUUUAGGUGUAACAUGUGUACAAUUUUACAAAACAACAAUAGCCUGUUGUUAUGUCUCAGCAUUUAUGUAAAAUGAUAACUUAUCAUACAGCACAACUGACAACAGACCUAUUCAAAAUUAAUGUAUCAUGCUUAACAACUUUUUAAAUUCAAUUGUACAAAUUCAUAACGAGACUGUUCAUCACAAUUUUGGUUUUAUUUGUUCUGUUUUAAUUUAAAGUAAUGAUACACCAAGUCAAGCUUUAGAAAAAUAAAACUACUUAAGUUGGAUAUAAGAAUUUAACAGGUUUAACUCUUAUAAAACUAAAGCCUUUUUAAUCAUUUAAGUUAACAAGGGGGAAAUGUUGCUGCUAGCUAAACUUAAAUGUAAAAUGUACAGUUUUUGGAAAAUUUUAAAAGCUGAUUAAAAAGUGCAUGUUUUUUAAAGCCAAUGAUAUCAGAAAUAUAAUGUAUGGUACUUUUAUUUCUCAUUUUGAUGUGCUAUGUGUACAUUAGCUUGGACUAGUCUUUAGUUUAUAUAGUCAGCCAUUCUAUUGUAGGCCUACCUCUUAAAAUUGUUAAAGUAAGCAGAACUCUGUUGAAGAUGUAUAUAUAGUUAAUCUAUUUUGCCAAACUAUGUUGAUACAUGAACACAUAUCUAUUUGUAAUAUAUUUUUGUAUUUAUUGUAAAAAGAACAAAAUAGUGUGGCUAAAAAAGUUACAAGCAACAAUGAUUGAACCUUUAGUAUAAUUGAGCUUGUCUACAGAGGUAUUUAUUGAUUAAGAAUAAGAGUAUGCUAGUUCAAAGAACUAAAAUUUUAGCUUAGAAUUUUUAACCGAAACAGCACUUUUUCACUAAUGCAUUGAAACCUCUACCAAUCAAAUUCUCCAGAAAUAUCACAUUCCGAUUGUCAUGCCUUUUAAAAUUAUAUGUAAAAUAUCAGCACAAUCUGUUAUGUACUGUUAUGUUCCUUGAAAAAUAAAUAAGUAAUUUUA